GUGGAAGAAGAUGAUGGUGACGACAGCCUCCCCCAGCUGAAGAAGGAGUCAGAACUGCCCUUUGUUCCCAACUAUUUGGCCAACCCAGCCUUCCCUUUUCUCUACACCCCUGCGGCGGCAGAGGAUGCGGCCCAGCUCCAGAACGGGGGACCCUCCACACCUCCUGCGUCACCCCCUGCGGAAAGCACUCCUCCGCUGCUGCCUGCCGGGGAGCCUCCCCUGGUCGGGGCCUUUCCACGGGACCACGCCUCGUUGGCCCUGGUUCAGAACCGAGAUGUGUCCGCCCCCUCUGCCAUACUCCGAACACCAGAAAGCACAAAACCGGGUCCUGUCUGUCAGCCACCAGUGAGUCAGAGCCGCUCACUGUUCUCUUCUGUCCCGUCCAAGCCACCAGUGUCUCUGGAGCCUCAAAAUGGGACAUACGCAGGGCCAGCGCCAGCCUUCCAGCCAUUUUUCUUCACGGGGGCAUUUCCAUUUAACAUGCAAGGUAACCCUCCUCAGGAGACAGCCUCUGCGGGAUGGGGUGGGGAGGGCGCCCAGAGAUCUAGCGUUUCACUCCUGGGGGUUUUUUUUUUUGCGGGGGGGCCGGGGCGCGGUUUGAAAGGAUGGGAUUUAUGUCUGUAUUUAUUUAUGUGUUUAGAGCCUAAUUGUAAACAUGUAGAAGUUUUGCAAGACCACUAUAAGGAGCUCCCUUUAGCCAGACUCCUAUAUUAUUUACGUUUUGCCCUUUUACCUGCAGUGGUUAAGUGUGUAUUUCCUAAGAGCAAGGAGAGUCUGUUACAUGACCACAGUCCAGUGACCACAUUUAGGAAAUGUAACCUUGCUAUAAUACCAUUCUCUAAGCCAUCUGUGUUCUCUAAUUCAGGCCAUGUUUCAGUGUUGGUGCCCUCUGCAGCUCUCUGUGCUCCCUCCACCCCUGUCCUCUGCCCAGGGUCACCUGUCACCUUUGGUUAUCAUACUGUUCCAUUCCCCCUUCACCUGGAAGCUUCCUCAGCCCUUCUCUAUCAUUUUGGACCUCAGUAUUUUUUGAAGAGUCCAGGCCAGGUACUGUGUAGAACAUGAUCUCCUAUCUGGGCGUCUGGGUGGCUCAGUCAGUUAAGCCCGGCUCCUG